UGUGUGUGUGUAUAUGUGUUUGACUAAGCUGCCUCGUAUGUUGAUCCCGAUUGACUUCAAGAGAUCCUGACAUUUGAACAUUAGAAGGUUAAACCUCCGGACCAGACCCUAACAAGGUGACACUGUUGUGACCAGUCUACCUGUGUGGUCUGAGAUCAAAGAUUGGACCACGACGAUGACCCAGCCUCGGCCGGACGAGUUCAAGCCGCCUCCGGAGUGCCCGGUCUUCGAACCAAGCUGGGAGGAAUUCGCCGAUCCUUUUGCUUUUAUAAAUAAAAUCCGUCCAAUUGCCGAAAAAACGGGAAUUUGUAAGGUCCGCCCGCCUCCGGAUUGGCAGCCUCCAUUUGCAUGUGAUGUUGACAAACUGCACUUCACUCCUCGGAUACAGAGGCUCAAUGAACUAGAGGCACAGACCAGAGUCAAGCUUAACUUCUUGGACAAGAUUGCGAAGUUCUGGGAGUUGCAGGGGUAUUCUCUGAAGAUUCCUCAUGUUGAAAGAAAGAUUUUGGACCUUUAUCAACUCAACAAGAAUGUUGCAGAUGAGGGUGGAUUUGAUAUUGUCUGCCGUGACAGACGAUGGACUGCAAUUGCACUUAAGAUGGGCUUUGCUCCUGGCAAGGCUGUGGGCUCCCACCUACGGUCACACUAUGAGCGAAUCCUCUACCCCUACAACCUCUUCCAGAGUGGAGCCAACCUAACACCAGAGCUGGCUUCAAAGCUGAUGCGUUUAGUGUCUUCUUCUGAACUCGACACGUUCGAACAGAAGCCAACCCUGCUGGCUGACACAAGUGACAAGGAGUACAAACCCCAUGACCUGGCCGAGAGGCAGCAGUUUGUCCAACCAGCCGAGUCCUGCUGCAACAGUGCCCGCAGAGCAAAGCGAAUGAGAACUGAGGUGGAUGCUCUUGUCGACCAGGGCCUCACACACUUGUCAGAAGAACUCCUCUCGAAACCAUCCAAUUGUGUGAAGACUGAAGUUGGAGCUGAACCCUGUGAGAACAAUAGACCAAACCUGAGGAGGAGGAUGGGAUCUUUUGUUGCCAAACCCGAGCCAGAAAAAGAAAUUCCCAUCCUAGUGAAAGAAGAACCAAUCGAACCGAUGAGCGAGACUGAGAAAAGCAAGUCUCGGUACAAGAAAAAGACGGGUCUUGAUGUCCCACCCCCUGCAGUGAGUGUAGUGGAUCUGUAUGUGUGUCUGGUGUGUGGCAGCGGUAGUGAUGAGGAUCGUCUUCUGCUGUGUGAUGGCUGUGAUGACAGUUACCACACCUUCUGUCUCAUACCCCCUUUAAACGACAUCCCCAAAGGAGAUUGGAGAUGCCCGAAGUGCCUGGCUCAAGAGUGCAGCAAACCCCCCGAAGCCUUCGGCUUUGAACAAGCUUACAGUGACUAUUCUCUGCGGGCUUUUGGAGACAUGGCGGACUCGUUUAAAUCGGAUUACUUCAACAUGCCUGUUCAUAUGGUUCCCACAGAGUUGGUGGAGAAGGAGUUCUGGCGCUUGGUGAGCACCAUUGAGGAGGAUGUCACGGUUGAGUACGGAGCAGAUAUUGCCUCAAAGGAGUUUGGGAGCGGAUUCCCCAUCAGGAAUGGAAGAUUUAAGGUUGCAGAAAAGGAUGAGAAAUACCUGAAGUGUGGCUGGAACCUUAACAACAUGGCGAUGAUGGAGCCUUCGGUGUUGACCCAUGUCACAGCCGACAUCUGUGGCAUGACUUUACCCUGGCUUUAUGUGGGCAUGUGUUUCUCCUCCUUCUGCUGGCACAUCGAGGACCACUGGAGCUACUCCAUCAACUACCUGCACUGGGGGGAGCCGAAGACAUGGUAUGGAGCACCUGGCUUUGCUGCAGAGCAGCUUGAGGCCGUGAUGAAAAAAUUGACCCCAGAGCUGUUUAAGGUCCAGCCUGACCUGCUCCACCAGCUGGUCACCAUUAUGAACCCCAACACCCUCAUGUCCUAUGGAGUACCGAUUUACAGAACCAACCAGUGCGCUGGUGAGUUUGUCAUCACCUUCCCCAGGGCCUACCACAGCGGGUUUAACCAGGGCUUCAACUUUGCUGAGGCUGUCAACUUCUGCACCGUGGACUGGAUGCCAUUGGGCCGCCAGUGUGUGGAGCACUACAGACUGCUGCAUCGCUACUGUGUUUUCUCCCAUGAUGAGAUGAUCUGCAAGAUGGCCUCCAAAGCCGACAGUUUAGACGUGGUCCUGGCGUCAGCUAUCCAGAAGGAUAUGAAGGAUAUGAUCAGAGAGGAGCGGGAACUACGAGAUAAAGUCCACAAGAUGGGAGUGUUACGUUGUGAGCAGGCAGAAUACGACCUCCUGCAGGAUGAUGAGCGGCAGUGUGCCAAGUGUAGGACCACCUGUUACCUGUCUGCCAUCACAUGUCCCUGCCGCCCAGGCCAGCUGGUCUGUCUCCACCACAUCCAGGACCUCUGCCCCUGCCCCGUCACCAACUACACACUGAAUUAUAGAUUUACACUGGAUGAUCUGUAUCCUAUGAUGAACGCAGUGAAGCAGCGAGCUGGGGCCUAUGAUGAAUGGGCCUCCCAAGUCACAGAGACUCUAGACGCCAAGCUGGACAAGAAAAAAAGCCUGUCAGUCCUGCGUUCCCUCAUUGACGAAUCAGAUGCCAAGAUGUUUCCUGACAAUGACCUGCUGCGACAGCUCCGCGUCGUCACCCAGGACGCGGAGAAGUGCUCCUCAGUGGCCCAACAACUACUCAAUGGAAAGAAGCAAACCAGGUUUCGGUGUGGUGGGGGCAGGACUCAGAGCCAGCUGACUGUCCAGGAGCUCAGGUCAUUUGUCCGGCAGCUUUACAACCUCCACUGCAGCCUUCCUCAAGCCCCCAAAUUAAAGGAGCUCUUGAAUCGCAUUGAAGACUUCCAGCAGCACAGUGAGAAGUUUCUGGCUGCGGAGAUCCCUGGGACAGCGGAGAUCCAUAGACUUCUGGACGUUAGCUUUGACUUUGACGUGGAGCUCCCGGAACUUCCGCUCCUCCGACAGAGGCUUGAACAAGCCCGCUGGAUGGAGGGGGUGCAGGAGGCCAAAGCCCAUCCCUCCAGCCUGAACCUGGAGACCAUGCGGAGGCUGAUAGACCAGGGCGUGGGUCUGACCCCUCACCCCUGUGUGGAGAAGGCCAUGGCCAGCCUGCAGGAGCUGCUCACGGUGUCUGAACACUGGGAGGACAAGGCCAGCAGGAUGCUUAAGGCCAGGCCUCCCCUCUCUAUACAAGCCCUCUCUGAAGCCGCGGAGAACGUAGCGCAGAUCCCCGCUCACCUCCCCAACUGUCUUCUGCUGAGGGACUCCAUCAGUAAGGCCAGAGAGUGGCUUCAGGAAGCUGAAGCACUCCAGGGUGAAGAUUCCAUUCCACUGUUUAACGACUUCUCCGAUAUGGUGACACGAGGACAAGCCAUCCCAGUCCACCUGGACCCUCUAAAGCAGCUAGAGUCCCUGUUGUCAGAGGUGCAUGCCUGGAAAGAGUCUGCAGCUAAAACCUUCCUCAUGAAUAACUCCCACUUUUCUCUGCUUGAGGUUUUGUGUCCAAGAUGUGAAGUUGGAACAGGGUCCCCAAAAAGGAAAUCCAGAAAAUCUAAAGAUGCCUCUCGCCACAGCAAGAACAUGAUGAAGCUCCACUGUGUCAGUGAUUUGGAAAAAGCCCUGUCUGAGAGCCAUGAGUCUGCAUCUGCUCUUGCAACCCUGAGGGAGGUGCGGUUAAGGGAGAUGGAGGCCCUCUCCUACCUCCGGGCAGCUAACGAGUCCAAGCUGCUCCCCACGGCCGACUGCAUGGACCUGAAGGUGUGUGUGUGCCAGAAGCCCCCGAUGGGAGCCAUGUUACAGUGUGAGCUCUGCCGGGAUGCUUUCCACAGCGUGUGUGUCAGGGCACCUUUAGACGCGCGUCCCGCCCAGGCCUGGUUGUGUCCACGUUGCCAGCGCUCGGCGAAGCCUCCCCUGGACGCGGCCCUGGGCCUGCUGGCGGAACUGCAGCGAACGCGGGUGCGUCUGCCAGAAGGCGAUGCCCUUAACUAUUUGGUUGAAAGGACAGUGAACUGGCAACACCGGGCACGGCAGCUCUCUGCCUCCUACGGCCUACCGGACCUGGAGAAGAGCUGUGCAACACCGCCAUCUCCAGAUGGAAAGAAACUACCGCCACCGUGUUUGACGCUGGAGUGGAACAAGACAAGCCAUAAUCAGAUGGUUUUCUACACCGAGCAAAGAUGCAUUCCCCUGCAGGGUUUGAGUGUGGAGUUGGAGGAGCUGAUGGUGGAAGGCCUCUUACUGCAGGUAUCCCUGCCAGAAGUCACACGGCUCUACCACGUGUUAUUGAACGGGCUAAGAAGGCACCACACCAGCAGACAGACGUCACCACAAGACGACCCCACCCUGGACCGUGAAAAACAAACACUCAAGCAGUGCCAUUCUCAGGGAAGAAACUCCCCACAAAAGGAGGACGGCUUGAAAAAGGAAGUAGUUAGCGGAGCGGAGAAGAAGGCCAAGCGGCGUCUGGAGAGGGGGGCUCUGGAGGCAGAGCACAGGGACAAGGCCAAGAAGCUCCAGAACAAGAGACAGAAAAUGAACAUGGAGAAAAACCUGGAACGCAGGGCGGCGUCUACAUCCUCAUCUCCCCGCUCCGACGUCUCUCACUCAGAUGACUCUGAAGAGGAGAUGGCCGUGUGUCCUGCAGAAGGAUGUCAGCAGCCAGAAGGAGAUGAGGUGGACUGGGUCCAGUGUGAUGGCAGCUGUAACCAGUGGUUCCACCAGGUCUGUGUGGGUGUGACGGCCGAGCUGGCUGAGAAGGAGGACUAUGUGUGUGUCAGCUGUACAGUAAGGAAGGGCUGCUGAAGAAGUCAAGAGAGAUCGGAGGGAGAGUUUCGGAAGGAAAGCUGGAAGAAUCUCAGCAACACAAGUCAGGAUGUGUCACAGAACCUGCCCUCACGCUCCCACAACCAAGCCCCUCCUUUCCCCCGGACCCUUUGUAACAACGGUGCUAAUCUUCUCUAUCGGAUUGUUGUCCAGAGCUAUACUGUUUGGUUACAUUUUUGUAUUUUUUACAUCUUUUUCUUUCCUCCUUUGAACUUGUUUGUGGUUGUGACCUGAUGUGGAGUCAGUGUGCUGCAUGGGUUUUCACUGCAUUGGUGGUGCAAAGGAGUGAAACACUAAGGCACCCUGCAAACAUCCAAGGAUAUAUUACAGUAUAUUAUCAUGGAACUUCCUUGCAUGCAAAACCAGAGAAAGCGGGUGUGGGUUAAGGUUUUCCUCCUCCCCCAUUAAAGAAAAUAAUAAAUAAUGUAAUAGAGAGAACUGUAUUUUUUGGAAAACCCAGUGCUUAGUACUUGCAUCUGAAUAAUAUAAUUAUUCUGAAUUUUGGGUAGAUUAGGUUUAUUUAUCUGAGCAAUAAUGUUUGUCUGAAAUGAAUUCAAUGGCUUGGUCUCUGAACUGUGUUGGUGGUGCUUCAGCAGAGGUUUGAUGUACAGAAACAGAGCGUGUACAGGCUGUGGGCUACACAGUUGUGGGCGAGCCCUGUAGCAGACAGGAAUAACUGUUUUGGCGGCAGUAUACAGUAUGUGCUUGGGUGGGUUACUUUGGGAAGGAAUUGAGAGGGGUCGUUUAAGACAUUGCCGUUUAUAUUGUGGAAUAAAAACCUUUUGUUUAAA